UUCCUGGAUAUAAUAAUUUUAUUUUAAAUAGUACGAAGAUAUAUUGUAUCUACAUAUAUAAAAAAUAAUAGACACAUAUAUUGCAUCAUUUUAUGUAGUAUUCGCUGGGAAUAAAUGUAUAUUUCCCAACGUAAUAUACGUAAUAUUUGAAACAAAAUUGUACUUUAUAACAAUUACGUUAUCUAAGGUUAGAACAUGUUAUAUCGUGACAAAUGAAAUAAAUUUGUGUUGUGUAUAAGAAUAAUUAUGUUUCGACCAUCAAGAAAUUUAUUAUUUUCUUUACAUCGUGUCAAGAAAUGUUGUGUAGUUUAUUUUAAUCAGGAUUUAUCAGAAGUAGAAAAUGAAUCUAUUUUGUCAGAUGAAUAUAAAAAAGGAUCUGCAGAAGGCAAGCCACUUUAUUUGGAUGCUCAAGCAACUACACCUAUAGAUCCAAGAGUAUUAGAUAAAAUGAUGCCAUAUUUUACAACAUAUUUUGGAAAUCCACAUUCUAGAACUCAUGUAUAUGGAUGGGAGUCAGAAGCAGCUAUUGAACUUGCACGUAAACAAAUAGCAAAUAUAAUAGAAGCAAAUUCCAAGGAAAUUAUAUUUACAUCUGGAGCCACAGAAUCUAAUAAUAUAGCUAUUAAAGGUGUUGCAAGGUUCUACAAAGAAAAAAAAAAUCAUAUUGUGACGACUCAGAUAGAACACAAAUGUGUAUUAGAUUCCUGUAGAGCUUUGCAAGCAGAAGGAUUUGAUGUAACUUAUAUUCCAGUAAAUACAAAUGGUCUUAUUAAUCUUGACGAAUUAGAAGAUGCAAUUAAACCAACUACCUCUUUAGUUUCUGUGAUGAUGGUAAACAAUGAGAUUGGUGUACAGCAACCAAUUACAAAGAUUGGUGCUAUUUGUAGAAAAAAAAAAGUGUUUUUCCACACAGAUGCAGCUCAAGCAAUAGGAAAAAUUCCAAUUGAUGUUAAUAAAAUGAAUAUUGACUUGUUGUCUAUCAGUGGCCAUAAAUUAUAUGGUCCAAAAGGAGUUGGAGCUUUAUAUGUAAGAAGAAGACCAAGAGUACGUGUAGAAGCAAUUCAAAGUGGUGGUGGCCAAGAAAGAGGUAUGAGAAGUGGCACUGUUCCAACACCUUUAGCGGUAGGUCUAGGAGCAGCUUGUCAUAUAGCAAAAACAGAAAUGGAGUAUGAUCACAAAUAUAUCACAAUGCUUUCGAACCGAUUGAUCGAGAAAAUAAUGUCAAAUUUAUCGCAUGUUACACGUAAUGGAGAUAAACAAGCUUGGUAUCCUGGAUGUGUGAAUUUAUCUUUUGCAUACAUAGAAGGAGAAUCUUUAUUAAUGGGUUUGAAAAAUAUUGCUUUGAGUAGUGGUUCCGCGUGUACUAGCGCAAGUUUAGAACCUAGUUAUGUUUUAAGAGCAAUUGGAACAUCAGAAGAUUUGGCACAUUCCAGUAUUAGAUUCGGUAUUGGUCGUUUUACAACAAUCGAAGAAAUUGAUUAUACCGCAGAAAAUACGAUUCGACAUGUUAAAAAACUUAGAGAAAUGAGUCCAUUAUGGGAAAUGGUCGAAGAGGGAAUUGAUUUGAAAUCUAUUAAAUGGACUCAACAUUAGUGACUCUUUUAUUACAUACUUUCAACUAUCUAAUAUGUAGAUAGUAUGAAUUAAAUAUAUAAAUCAUAUAAAUAAGUUAAACAAAACUAAUUAAGUAAAACUUAUGAAUGUGUAAUAAAUGUUUAUUUAAAAUUU